CGCGGUCAGUUGUCAACUGGACAUUAUUAUAUCGAAUCGUGCGCAUCCGCGCGAUCAAACAUGGCCGCUCGUGUCAGCGAACAAUUAUUGUGCAUUACUUUGAUGUUUAUAUUAAUUGUGCAUAUUGAAACGUUGUCCGGAAAAGAAUUCUAUUGCAGAGACCCCGAUACCGGCAAACUACACGAUGUGAACACGACAUGGCCGUCUGAAACAUUUUGUGGUAAUUACACGUGUAAACUUAGGAAAAUAAACUUAACUGAGACCCAAUAUGCACCUAUAAGACAAAUAAACGUAAAUGAUGUUCCUAUAUAUAAAAUGACUGAUAUUAAAAUGAACAAUAACGAUAUUGUUCCAAACGAUGAAUCUCAAGUAGUUAAACAAACAACCGAGACCGAUACAAAGGUUGUUCUUAAUAAAAAAGAUAAACCACAAAUCGUAAAAAAUAAUAUACUUGAAAAAACUGGUGACGGAACUGAUAGACUAUUAAAUAAAAAAGAGAUAAAAACAAUAUCUGAAUUAUUACACGAUGUAAAGAGAAGCGAUUUGGAGGCUAUACUGGAUAUUUACAAUUUAGCUCAAGAUUUAUAUAAAGAAAUGGAUAGAACAACGAACGCUAACAUUAUAGAAGAGACAGCAGAGGCAAUUAAACAACAGAAGGGCAAAGAAAUAGGGAAAAAUGCAAACGUGUCUGUUAUAAAAAAUCAAUACGUAGACAAUUCUUUGAAGGUCAACAGUGAACCAAAAGAAGUGUUAGAUAUGGACUUUCAAACAUCAAAUAUUGUACAAACUACCGUGCCUCCAAGAAAAGGUAACGCCCAUUACGAUUUUGGAGGAAAUUUAGGAACCAAGGAUUUCGGAAGGCUCCCGUAUUACUAUCCAUUGUCGAGUUUCCAACGUCAAUAUUCAUAUUACAAUCCAUCUUAUACUUUUUCUCAAUAUAUGCACAAUUUGAAGCCAUGCACACAUCAAGCAGCUAGUACAACUAAAAGUACUCCAGUAGGUUUACCUAGUUAUGGUAAUGUAAUCAAAAAACCUUUUGCUAUCGAUAGCCGUAAAUCCAUGCAACCUUUACUAUUGUCUUAUCCGUAUUCUUAUAUUCAACAUUAUAAUACUAGCGGUUAUGCAAAUAAUGUAUAUUACAAAAAUCCAUGGAAUCAUUUUGAUGUAUACAAACAAAGCAUGAAUUAUCAACCUUAUUAUGUAGCUAAGCUAAGCAACCCACAAUUUAUUAAGGCCGAACCAAAUAAUGUUAAAGUUACUAAUGAAAAGUCAAACAGUGGAGACUUACUAGAUACCUUAUUGUUGAAAACUAAAGUGGAAAGUAACAGUAGUCCAGGGUGGCAAACAAAACCUUUAUCGCGCAAUAUAUUAGAUGAAGUAAAAGCAAAUUUUGAACAGAAAUCUAUGUUUAUAAAGCCAAUUUCAUUGAGGAAAAAGAUUAAUUUAGAGAGAGUUGGUAAAGUUAUAAAAUUAGACGAUUUGAAUAGAAAUAGAAGGAGUAUAGAAGAGGAGAAAACAGACGCUGAUGAUUACGAAGCAUACCUCGAAAAAACAACAUGUAAAUCAGACGAAGACCCUGGCUAUUUCCGUGUGGGGAACCUCACGGAACCCUACCCAGCUUGCUGCCCACAAAGGAUAAAUAGUUGAUAAUUUAUAAUUAUAAGUAGAAUUAAAAAUAUAUGUAAGGCUUUUUUUACUCAACAAA